CCCCAGCAGAGAAUCUCAAAUUUUGGUGUGAGAGUGGGCUGGAUCAAGAUGGAUUUCAAAAAAAACUAAUUGACAGAAAAAUUGGAUUUGGUGUUUUUACCACCCAGCAGUUUUCAAAGGGUAGUUUUCUUUUGGAGUAUGUGGGAGAAAGAAUUACUCCAGAAGAAGCAGAAGAAAGAGAGAAAAGGAAGAAGAGGGGUCACUGCUACGUUUAUUAUUUUAAGUGGAAUGGAAUGCGUUGAGCUUGAUAAUGAUGCAGAUGAUGAUGACCCAUUUGAGUUGAAAAGUAAAAAAGAGAACCGUCUGGAGGUGGAAAGUGAUGAAGAUCCCGUUACAGCACAUGAACAUGUUCCACAGAAUGACAAGGACCAUGUUGCAUCAUAUCUUGCACAGCCUAGCACAGAGAACCGUCUGGAGGUGGAAAGUGAUGAAGAUCCCGUUACAGCACAUGAACAUGUUCCACAGAAUGACAAGGACCAUGUUGCAUCAUAUCUUGCACAGCCUAGCACAGAGAACCGUCUGGAGGUGGAAACUGAUGGAUCACUUGAAGAGGAUCCAGUUACAGCACAAGAACAUGUUCCACAGAAUGACAAGGACCUUGUUGCAGCAUAUCUUGCACAGCCUAGCACAGAGAACCGUCUGGAGGUGGAAACUGAUGGAUCACUUGAAGAGGAUCCAGUUACAGCACAAGAACAUGUUCCACAGAAUGACAAGGACCUUGUUGCAGCAUAUCUUGCACAGCCUAGCACAGAGAACCGUCUGGAGGUGGAAAGUGAUGAAGAUCCCGUUACAGCACAUGAACAUGUUCCACAGAAUGACAAGGACCAUGUUGCAGCGUAUCUUGCACAGCCUAGCACAGAGAACCGUCUGGAGGUGGAAACUGAUGGAUCACUUGAAGAGGAUCCAGUUACAGCACAUGAACAUGUUCCACAGAAUGACAAGGACCUUGUUGCAGCAUAUCUUGCACAGCCUAGCACAGAGAACCGUCUGGAAGUGGAAACUGAUGAAGAUCCUGUUACAGCACAUGAACAUGUUCCACAGAAUGACAAGGACCAUGUUGCAUCAUAUCUUGCACAGCCUAGCACAGAGAACCGUCUGGAGGUGGAAACUGAUGGAUCACUUGAAGAGGAUCCCGUUACAGCACAUGAACAUGUUCCACAGAAUGACAAGGACCUUGUUGCAGCAUAUCUUGCACAGCCUAGCACAGAGAACCGUCUGGAGGUGGAAAGUGAUGAAGAUCCCGUUACAGCACAUGAACAUGUUCCACAGAAUGACAAGGACCAUGUUGCAUCAUAUCUUGCACAGCCUAGCACAGAGAACCGUCUGGAGGUGGAAACUGAUGAGGAUCCAGUUACAGCACAUGAACAUGUUCCGCAGAAGGAUGAAGACCUUGUUGCAACAAAUGAACAUAUACCACACAUUCCACAGGAUGAUGAAAACCCUGUUGCAGCACAUGUACAUGACCCACAGAUUCCAAAGACUAAUAUUGAAUAUUAUGUAGAAGAUUCUAAUGAUAGUAGCAUCAGCAUUGUCUGGAAGGAACUAUCAUCAGUGAAGGAAUCUGACAGUUAUAUAUUAUGUCCCAUUACUGGUCAGUUUGUGAGAGCAUGUGGAAAUGAACUUAUCUAUACCAAGGAGGACUCAGAUGCUGCAUUUUCGGAUGUUGAGGACUUGGCUGAUGCUGGAAAGCCCUUUCAUCGUUUAGUGAACAAUAAAGUCAAAGUCAAAAGAAUUCGGAAAAUCAAUGGGAGGAGACCAUAUAACAAAAAGCUAUGCUGUUAUUUUUGUGGUAAAGUGUUCAACCACAGGAUUCAGAAGCAUCUAGAAAAUGGGCACAAACAUGAACUUAUGGUUGCUCAGGCCUGUGCCAAAAAUUCAAAGCGUGAAAGAGACAGGUUGUUUGAUAAACUUAAAAAUCUAGGAAAUUUUAAAUACAACAUAGAAGUGCUCAAGGAAGGAAGUGGAGAUUUAAUAGUGUGCAGAAGACCAAGCAAAGAAACCCUGACAUCAUUGGAUUACUUACCAUGCAUUCAUUGUUAUGGAUUUUUCUCUAAAAAGGAACUGUGGAGGCAUACAGGAAAAUGCUCUUUUAAGAACACCAAAUUAAAAGACCAACGAGGCAUCAUCGCAAGAUCCAGGCUUUUACUUGCAGGGGGUAUAGACUUCUGUGCAGAAAAGGAAGAUUUCAGAGUCUGUGUAUCAGAAGAACUGAAAGAAACUGUUUUGUUAAAAAUGCGCCAAGACGAGGUGUACAGUGCUCUUGUUGAUGACCCAUUAAUCAUACAGUUUGGACAAGUGCUAAUAAAGCAGUUGGGACCCAGAAGAACAAACUAUGUUUCACAAAGAAUGAGACAACUGGCCCGAUUAAAAACCAAAAUAAAUGAGUUGUUGAAUAAAGAGAAUGAUCUACAUUGUUAUAUCACUCCAAAGCACUUUGAUACAGUUGUUAAAGCAGUCCAAGACUUGGCUGGUUACCAUCAGAAUGAGCAGAAAAUAUCUGUAUUUUCUACUCCAUCUCUGGCGUUAAAUCUUGGACAUAAUUUAGUGAAGGUUGCAGAAAUCAGAAGAGGCAAUGCCAUAAGAAAAAUGGAUGAAACAAUGAAGAAAGAAUGUGAUGGAUAUUUGGAAAUUCAUAGCUCAGACUGGGCACCUGCAGUAUCAUCUGUAGCUUUAGCUACUCUGCAGACAAAUAAAUUUAAUAAGCCUUUGGCACUCCCUGUAACCAGUGACCUUGUAUUAUUAAAAAACCACCUGGAUGAACAAAUAAGUGAAUUGACAAAAGAUUUGGAAAAGGAAGGAGAAAAUGCUACCCUCUGGAAAAAGUUAGCUGGAGCAGCUAUGACUAGAAUUAUCCUUUUUAACAAACGGCGAAGUAGUGAAGUUUCUAAACUUCUGUGUGCUAGUUAUGAAAACCGUCAAAACUGGGAAGAAACCAUGAAUGAAGAAAUAGCAAGUGGUCUGAAGCCAAUGGAGAAGAUCUUACUGAAGAGACUACAUAUGGUGGAAACACAAGGAAAACAAAACAAAAGAUGCCCAGUUCUGCUCACUGAAACCAUGAUUAUUGCAUUAGAUUGUCUCAUGAAACACAGAGAGGGGUGCGGAAUCUCCUCAUCGAACCCCUUCGUGUUUGCCAGCCCAACAAGUGCAAGUAACCAUAUAGACCCCUGGACAUCCAUGAACAGGCUGGCAAAAGAGGCUGGUUGUGAGCAACCAUAUCUGAUUUCAUCUAGUAGACUUAGAAAGUACCUAGCAACAGUGUGCCAGAUACUGGAUCUGGAAGACCACGAGCUUGAAUGGGUUUCAAGACAUUUGGCACAUAACAUUAAUACUCACAAGCAACAUUACAGGCAGCAUGACGCCACAGUCGAGAUAGCAAAAGUAGGAAGUCUCAUGAUGGCUGCAGAUGAGGGGCAACUACGAAAAUUUGCAGGAAAGAAAUUGUCUGACAUAGAUGUAACAGAAUUAGUACUACCUUUGGAAGAUGGGGAAGAUGGGGAAUUGAUUGAUUCUGGGGUAAAUGAAGAAGACAUUCUUGAUGCUGAGCUUUGUGGGCCUAUCCCCAUUCCCAAGACACAGAAAAUAAGCACUGGUGCACAUAAAGUAGAAGACCAGGAUGCUGGACUUUCAUACCAAAACCAACAUGUAAACAGGAAGAGAAAAGUUGCUUUCAAUGCAGAAAUAGAUCAAGAUUCUUAUGAGGAAGACGAGGAUUAUGUCCCAUCUGAUAAUGAAUCGUCGGAAGAACCAUCAUGCACCACUUUACCAUCAAAGAGAAAAAAAUGGACUGUGGAUGAGGAGAAUGUCCUUAGAUUUGAAUUUAAUAAGAACUUUAAAGAUAAAAACAUACCAAGAAAUGCAGAAGCACUGAAAGUAAAAAACAAAUACAAAUUUCUUGCUGAUAGAAAUAUUCAUCAGAUAAAGAGUAAAGUGCAACAUAUGCUGAGACGUAAAUGAGUUAACAAAGUUAGGAUUUUUGUCAUGCAGUCAAACAUGAUUCUGUGAUAAACUUUAUAAACUGGAACAGUUACUCCUGAAAAAUUAAAUAAAUUCCUUGGACUAAUUUUUUGAUCACCUGAGUUAACAAAGAUGUAGAUACCUGUAUGCACUCUCUGCUUCCUGUCUGCAUCAUUUGUCCCUGAGGUGUGACCUUAUGGUUGUUUUUUUAUUCAUUUUAUAAUGAUAUUGUCAGCAUUAUGAUAUUAUAAUGUCUUAUGUGUAACUUUUUUUGUUAAAAGUUAAGUGAACAUGAUUGAAAUAUUAUGAGAGUAUAUACCCCAUGAUAAUUAUCUGCAUCAAUUGUCCCUGGGGUGUGGUUUGAAGUGCAUUAGUGUAAAGAUGUUAUGAGUAUGGCAUAUAUUGCCUAUAUUUUAAAAGUAUAUUACAAAUGCACGUUAGAAAUACUUAUAGUUUAAAAAGACAGUUAUGUUACAUAUCUAAUGGGUAGGUUAUGAAAAAUGUUACAGUGUAUUAUAUCUCCCCAUUGGGGGUUAAAAUCAAACACUUGCUGCAUGCAAGUACAAUGGGACUGUGGCACCUCUGGUUUUUAGCUCUACUGGUCAUAGACCAGAAGAGCUUAUGUGAUGGCAAGGUGUCCUUUGUGUCCUUUGUCUUUUCCCUGUCUGUGUAGUCUGUCUGUCUGUUUCUCUCUGUGUGAACAAUUUUUAAAAUGCUACUUCUCCUACAGUUUUUGUCUCAUUUAAAUAAAACUCAGUACAUAUGUAGUCUGCAUCAAGAUACAUAAUUCUGACUAUGGUUCUUGAUUUCAAUGAAUGAAAUUGCCAUGGUUACAAAAAUUAUAAUAAUCUGUGAAAUUGUUUCCAAUACUAGUUCUACAGUUUUGUUCGAUUUGAAUUUAAUAAUUUCACUAGUAGAUUGCAUAAAAACCCACAAUUCUGUUUUAUCAGUUUUUCAUUUCAUUGAAUGGUGUUGUCAUGGUUAUUAGUAGAAUUAUCUGUAAAAUUCUUUCAAAAUGUUACUCCUUCUACAGUUUUGUUAGGAUUUUAAUUGAAUCAAUUACAGGCUUAAACCAGUCGAGCUACAGUCUUAUCAGAGACUUGCAUAUUUAUAGACCAUGAAUCAAAUUAGACUUUAUAAUUAAAUGAAAAAGAAAGAAUGCAAAUUAAAUAUCCUUUCUUCAAUGACACUUAUUUUCAGCAAAUCUUUUCUUAUGUGUUGUUUUAUUAUUUACAAAAAAUGGAAAACAAUAAUCCCUAAGAUGUAAUGUUUUAUCAAUAUCAAGAACGUUCACAUUUAAUUGUCUUGUGUAUGAAAUAAUGCAUGAAACAUUUUCUUAACUUUGAGAAAUAAAAUUUAAUCUUGAACUGAUAAAAGUGUUACCUUUUUAGUGUUAUAUUACCUCUGCAAAUAAAGGUG